CCCAGCAAGUGACAGCCCGGACCCGCCCCCAACCCGGCUGUCACAGGACACCUAGCAAGGAACUACAACUUCCGGGAUUCAUUGUGGCGAUCAGGCGGUGUGACGUCACUGAAUACUUACAAGACUGACUGUGAAAUCUGCAGAAACAGGAUGUUGCCAUCAGUUGCAGCUUAUCACUACUUAUGGGAGAUCAGUACAGGCGAAGUCCCAGGUGGCGCCACCGUGCGGACUUUUGGCAGGCUUAGCAGUUACAAUAUGGUGCAGUCAGAGGCAACGCUCACAGCUCAGCACUCCUCUACACUUCAGCAGCUGCGAGUGAGCACCAAGUUCGUUGAGCCCUUUAUCGCCCGAUUGGGCUCUUAUUUUUUGGCAUUGGGGGAGCUAGAAAGAGAUGAAGGGGCCCUGCCAGUCCUACAUGCUCGCUUGUUGACCUGCAUCGAUGGAGUGGACUUCUCCCGUCUACAGCAGGCAGUCGAGGAGCAAAGAAGAUAUUUCAAGGAACGAGAAGCAGCAGGAAGUUGAUAUUGUUGUUUGGAUAUUGGUUAAGAGAAGUAAACAAAAUCAUCUGC